AUGCUUCUGCUGGAUUAUCACAACGUCCUCAUACACUCGCUCCUAACUGAGCGGUUCUCUGGAGCUCCCCCCGCCUCCAUAGACCAGGUAGUCUCUGAUUUCGACGGUGUCACAUUCCACGUUUCCACUCCCGAAACUAAAUCAAGAAUCCUCAUCUCCAUCGCCGUACGAUGCUUCCGUGAAUUGGUACAAUAUGGGGCACAGGGUGUCCUGGAAAGAGAGUAUGGGCCAUAUAUCGUAUCCCCGGAGCCUGGAUACGACUUCUCUAUUUUGAUAGACCUCGAUGCUCUCCCAGCUGAGCAGGAAGCAAAGGACGAACUGGUUAUGAGCAUCUCUCUUCUCAAACGAAAUGCAAUGGCCUCGCCCUUUGAGAAAGCAUUUGAGGAAUUCCAGAAACUUGAGGAGGAAUCCAAUAAAUACUCGCUAGAAGCUUUACCACAACAGUUGAAAGAUGGCGGGGAAGUAAUGACUGUUCAUUACCGAGAUGAGGAGGCCAUAUUUGUCAAGGCGGGAUACGAUUGCGUCACCGUUAUAUUCAGCACAAUCUUCAGGGACGAGACAGAUAGGAUCUUCGGAAAGGUAUUCCUUCAGGAAUUUGCCGAUGUCCGAAAGCGGGCUAUACAAAACGCCCCUCAGGUCCUCUUCCGCAACGACCCUCCUCUAGAACUCCAGGGUAUUCCAGGUCUCAAAGAUGCUCGAAAUGGAGAAGUUGGCUAUAUUACAUUCGUUCUCUAUCCCCGUCACCUCCUACCACAGAAACGCGCAGAAACUAUCUCCCACAUACAAACUUUCCGGGACUAUUUUCACUACCAUAUUAAAGCUUCGAAGGCAUAUAUCCACACUAGAAUGCGGAAACGCACAGCAGAUUUCUUGCAAGUUCUCAACCGUGCGAGACCUGAAAACGAAGAAAAGGAACGAAAGACUGCCAGCGGGAGGACAUUCCGUGUCCAGGGUUAG